CCCGUCGCGACUCUCUUCCCGUCCCGCGCGUCGCUACAAGUUUGCGCCAUUUACGAAUUACGAUUCUCACCAAUAGAGCAGGAAGAAGAAGAGGGAGAGGAAACGAUAGACCAUGCCGGGUCGCCCACCCAAGCGACCGGCAGAAGCUGGCGAUGCUGCUACUCCCUCCGACGAUGUCGCUUCCAUACCUGCGGCCAAGGUGAAGCUACCGAGACUCGGCAAGGGCGGCCAGGAGGACUUCUCGUCCGUUGUCAAGAAUCGCCUGUCGUCCUACACAAGGACCGGCCAGGCCUGCGACAGAUGCAAGGUCAGGAAGAUCCGAUGCGAUGCCCUCCCCGAAGGAUGCUCCCACUGCAUCAGUCAGAACCUCGACUGCUUCGUUACCGAUCGCGUCACCGGCCGAACCGAAAGGAGAGGCUACCUCCAGGAGCUCGAAAGGGAAAAGACAGACAUGAUGAGCCACAUCCGCGAGCUCGAGAAGUUGCUCGAGAACAAUGGCACCGAGGUCAAACCGUACCAGUGGUCCCCUUAUGCCAUCAACUAUCCGACUCCUGGUGCAACCUAUGACCACAUGGGCAAUGCCAUCGAAGACCCCAACGAGAAGGAUGCCUGGACCAAGGUCGGUUCUGUCUGGGUUAAGAACUACAACUACAAACCGUCUGGUGGUCGCUCAUUCCCUCGAUCGACGCUCGAGUCCCGUCCCGUCCAUAAUCACUUGGGCGUUGGUUCCGACAGCGCGCCUCUCAGCUCCAUCAAGGGCACUCAGCUGUCCAUUCUAGGGACGACAAUAGACGUCACCUCUUUCAAUGCCCCCGAUAUCGACGAGCCGAUACCAGACGCCAAGGAAGCACAGCCCCUGUACAACAAGUCUCUACAAUCUUUCCUCCAAUCCAGCAUGAACAUCAACCCUACAGUCAACAUCGAGCUCCCUUCGAGGAACGACGCCUUUACAUACUCUGAAUGGUACUUCCUCAUGAUUUGGCCUUUCCUGCCAGUCCUACACAAGCCUAGCUUCAUGAAUAUCCUCACUCGUAUGUACGACGAACCCGGCUUCGAAGCAAGUGUGCCUGAUCAGGUCAUGGUGCACAUGGUCUUUGCGACCAUUUACUUCCAGUACGGCGUGCGAAAUUGGGAGCAGCAGGAAACACGAUCUCAACUCAACGAGCUGUCUAACAAGCACUAUCACUAUGCUCUGAGUAAGAUGUUUGACUUGGCAUCCUCGCAAUCUGUCGCGGCCGUUCAGGCCAUGGCAAUGAUUUGCGCUCAUAGUCGUAGCUUCCCCAAGCCAGGCUGCGGCUCUAUGGUGACCAACUUUGCCUUCCACCGCGCCAUCGACUUGAAUAUGCACCGCGCCAUGAAGGCGCCCGGUGAGACGACCAAUCUCGAAAACGAGAUCAGAAAGCGCACUUGGUGGACUAUCCUCCUCGUCUACGUCACUCUAAACGGGCGCCUUGGGCGGCCUAUGCCUAUCACGGUUGAAGAGUACGACGUCGAAUUUCCCGAGCCGAUCGCCGAUGAGGCGUUGACACCAGACGGCGUAGACCCGUCAGUGACGACGCCCUGCACAUAUCACGUUGGGCUGGCAGGCUUCAAGAUUUUGCCCUUAUUCAUGGAAAUGUACUCCAACAUCUACAGUGUCAAGCGCGACCCCAAGAACUACGUUGAUGUUGUCAACUCUCUCGAAGAGCAGCUUCGUCUAUGGAAGGAAAAUCUUCCCGAACCGCUUCAGAUCAACCCCGGGCAAACUGAACAUGAAGGCCGUAUGUAUGCCUUAUACAUCCAGAUGUACGCCCUUGAGCUUCGGCUGUGUCUACGCCAUCCAUCCGUGGCCAUGACCAGCGAUCGCAAAUUCCUCCUCGAAAAUGCUCGCAUAUGCGAAGAGACUGCUGCGCACAUGCUCAAUGCCGUCAAGAGCCUCGUGAAGCUGAAGUCUCUCGAUACGACGUGGUAUCAAAUGGCAGUAUACGUUGCCGCGAUUUUCACCACAUUGGUCGCUCAUUGGGAAAGAAGGUUUGAGGCAACGCCUAAUCAGAUUGCAACCCUUCGAGAGGAGAUGAAGGAUUGGAUGGAGAUCAUCAAUGCGAUUGUCUCGCUACUAGGAACUGGCACUCGUAUUAGUAACGAAAUCAGUGUCAUCAUUGAGAGGACAAUCAGUUGGAUUGAACACGAUCAAAAACAGAAAGAUUCAUCACUUCCCCCGACGAUCAAGCCCGAACCGUCGACGGCAGAGGCGUCCCCCUUUCAGCUUACGUCUCAGCCUCAAGCAGCGCAAGCCCUCGCUGCCAGUGCCGACGAAGCGGCUACCAAAGCAUUUUACCCCGACGGGCUUCCCGGCGAAGAGAAUCAGAAUGGGACAACCCCAUAUCCUUCGCUAGCUUACACAGAGCAGCCACCAAAUGCCAACAUUAUGGCAUCGACAAGUAAUUUCGAGGUAAACAACGGAUACUCAUAUACGCCUGCGGCGACGCAGCCCACAAACGGGGAUGACAACACGGCCGAGACCAACCCGCUAAUCGCGUUCGCAUCCCAAGCCACUCAGCACGUCGCAGAUCCGGCUGGCUCUGCGGCUGCGGCAGAGCUUCUCUGGAGACAAUCAGCCUCGCAAGGAAAUACCUGGCACGACUGGACAGCGGCGAUGGCAGACAGUCAAGAUAGGUACAGCGCUAAUGCCCUGUUGACCCUGGGCGGUGCGUCAAGGGAUCCCAAUGCUGUGACUGAAGCCGCGACCGUGGCCGAUAUGGCCUCUGUCACAGCUCCCGUCGGUCAGUGGCCGCUCAUCAUCUUCGAUGGUGCGGGAGCUCCUGGAGGACAGUAGACGAGUCUUGUUUCGGUGUGCAUUUUUAUACUUGCAAGCGUGUUUUGAUCUAUUUCUCUCAAUUCAUAUGUGGUCAUGGAGCUACUUUAGGCGUCUACCUGGGGGUCUCCUUCUGGACAACAUGCUGCGGCACAGCAACAGGGGCAAAAGGAUACGGGGCUAUGGACACAAGUCGGAUGGUUCGACUUGGUAUUUCGGGUGUAUUCCAAAUGAUCCAAUAGGUUUUGGCGUUUCAUGGGCAACUCUGUCAGCGAUCGUCAGCGAUCGUGGCAUGAUGUCGCCCCAGCAAUACCCGGCUGCAAGCAGGCAAUGUGCAGCGUUUUAUAGGCGUAAUCCCAAUGGUGCUAUCUCUCUCG